GCUCAGCACCCGGCCCGUGCACGCCUACAAAUUCUUCUUCAAGUCCAUGGACCAGGACUUCGGGGUGGUGAAGGAGGAGAUCUUCGAUGACAACGCCAAGCUGCCCUGCUUCAAUGGCCGCGUGGUUUCCUGGCUGGUCCUGGCUGAGGGUGCUCACUCAGAUGCAGGGUCCCAGGGCACUGACAGCCACAUGGACCUGCCUCCACCUCUUGAGCGGACAGGCGGCAUUGGGGACUCACGUCCCCCCUCCUUCCACCCCAAUGUGGCCAGUAGCCACGACGGGAUGGACAAUGAGACUGGCACCGAGUCCAUGGUCAGCCACCGGCGGGAGCGAGCCCGACGCCGGAACCGCGAGGAAGCCUCAAGGCCCAAUGGGCACCCGAGAGGAGACCGGCGGCGGGAACGGGGCCUGGCCCCGGACAGCGCCUCCACUGUGCUGAGCAGCGAGCUGGAGUCCAGUAGCUUCAUCGACUCCGAGGACGAUGACAACACGAGCCGGCUGAGCAGCUCCACAGAGCAGAGCACCUCCUCCCGGCUCGUCCGCAAGCACAAGCGCCGGCGGCGGAAGCAGCGCCUUCGGCAGACAGACCGGGCCUCAUCCUUCAGCAGCAUCACCGACUCCACCAUGUCCCUGAACAUCAUCACUGUCACACUCAACAUGGAGAGGCACCACUUCCUGGGCAUUAGCAUCGUGGGCCAGAGCAACGACCGGGGUGACGGUGGCAUCUACAUUGGUUCCAUCAUGAAGGGCGGGGCGGUGGCUGCCGAUGGCCGCAUUGAGCCUGGCGACAUGCUCCUGCAGGUGAAUGAUGUCAACUUCGAGAACAUGAGCAAUGAUGACGCCGUGCGGGUGCUGAGGGAGAUCGUGUCCCAGACGGGGCCCAUCAGCCUCACAGUGGCCAAGUGCUGGGACCCAACCCCCCGGAGCUACUUCACCAUCCCCAGGGCUGACCCCGUGCGGCCCAUCGACCCGGCCGCCUGGCUGUCCCACACGGCGGCGCUGACGGGAGCCCUGCCCCGCUACGAGCUGGAGGAGGCACCGCUGACAGUGAAGAGCGACAUGGGCGCGGUCGUUCGGGUCAUGCAGCUGCCAGACUCGGGCCUAGAGAUCCGCGACCGCAUGUGGCUCAAGAUCACCAUCGCCAACGCUGUCAUCGGGGCGGACGUGGUGGACUGGCUGUACACGCAUGUGGAGGGCUUCAAGGAGCGGCGCGAGGCCAGGAAGUACGCCAGCAGCAUGCUCAAGCAUGGCUUCCUGCGGCACACAGUCAACAAGAUCACCUUCUCUGAGCAGUGCUACUACGUGUUCGGGGACCUGUGCAGCAAUCUUGCAGCCCUGAACCUCAACAGUGGCUCCAGUGGAGCCUCGGAUCAGGACACACUGGCCCCGCUGCCCCACCAGGCUGCCCCCUGGCCCCUGGGUCAGGGCUAUCCCUACCAGUACCCGGGGCCCCCGCCCUGCUUCCCACCUGCCUACCAGGAUCCCGGUUUUAGCUACGGCAGCGGCAGCACUGGGAGUCAGCAGAGUGAAGGGAGCAAAAGCAGCGGGUCCACCCGGAGCAGCCGUCGGGCUCCGGGCCACGAGAAGGAGCACCGGGCAGCCGGAGCCGGGGGCAGCGGCAGCGAAUCAGCGCACACGGCGCCUAGUGGGACGGGCAGCGGCUGGCGGGAGCGUCCGGCCAGCCAGCUCAGCCGUGGCAGCAGCCAGGCCUCGACCGUUGCCCCGGGGCUCCCUCCGCUGCACCCCCUAACGAAGGCCUAUGUGGCGGUGGGUGGGCCGCCCGGGGGGCCACCUGUCCGGGAGCUGGCUGCUGUCCCCCCAGAGCUGACCGGUAGCCGCCAGUCCUUCCAGAAGGCUAUGGGGAACCCCUGCGAGUUCUUCGUGGACAUCAUGUAGUCCAUUGCAACACUUUCAGUUGUGUGGUGCGUGGCUGCAGUCCUGGGGCAGCCACCGCCCUGCUGCGCCCAGCGGGGUGGGCUUGUCUUAGUGGUGGCCAGCCUGGGACAGGCCAGCCUGUGGGAUCUGGGCCUGGGUGGGCAGUGGGAGCACUGGAGGGGAGAGACUGAGGACGGCCUGGACGUAGCCCAUCUGCUCCUGGGGUCUUUCCUGGUGGGGAGCAGGUUGUCAUAUAGAUCCUCAGGGGAGAGUCCAUCUCUGUCCUCAGGCAGAUCUGACCCACCCCCUCAGCGUGAGCCUCAGGGACCCCCACCCCUCCUUGGUCUGGAGGCGACCCCCUCUAUGAGGAAGACCCACUUGGGCACCAUGCCACCCCCCACUCUCCUAAUGAGCUGUGCACGGGGCCCAGACUGAACGAGACCAGCACCCCUCCCCACCCAGCUCACAGGCCUGCCCAUCUGGCCCUGGAGGGGGGCCCUCGAGGGGAUUAGAAUCUGUGGCUGCCCAGAGUAGGGGUCUAAUUUAUUUAUUUAUUACCUGGCCUGUGGGCUCUGGGGGAGGCGUGGUCAGGUCAGUGCCACCCCUGCCCAGCAGGAACUGAGUCUGCAUGUUGUCCCCUCCCGAGCGUGUGGACAACAGGUUGGUGGGAGAGACAAGAAAGAGGCCAGGCGGGAGGGGAAUGUGACCCUAAGGGUCAGGGGGCAUGGAUGUGCACAGCUGUUGCGGGGAUGGGGUCGUGGGGACAUGGGAGGGCAGCUGGGCCUGUCCUCCCUGUCCCUGGGUGAGCGCCUGCCCACAUACGUGCUUGCCUUCCUGGCGUCUCUGGCCCUGCACCUCUGUGCUGUAGAUAUUGUAUCAAAGUCCCAGCAUCCGGCUAGUUAACAUAGAGCUGCUUCCGUGUAAAUGCUGCUUCUAUGUAAAUGCUAUUUUAAACACUAAAAAUCAUUUAAUUUUGUGGGGCUGA